AUGCUAUCGAGGUCCGCAAUUGGGAUUCUUAGAAGUUCUUCGAGAGGGGUCUCUACGACAUCGAGCGGUGCUAAAUUGACCGAUGUGUUAAUUGUUGGGGGUGGGCCAGCAGGGUUAACGUUGGCCGCAGCUAUCAAAUCGUCUCCUAAAUUGCAGCAUCUAUGCACGACCUUGGUUGAUGCUGGUGAUCUCACAGGCAAGGUGGCCCCAUUUUAUGAUAGCCCUCCAACGAGCUAUACGAAUCGUGUAAUCAGCUUGACUCGACCAUCAAAGAGGUUUCUGCAGGAUAGAGCGGGCGUGACUCUGAUGGAAGACAGGAUCCAGAAUUAUGAUGGUCUCUACGUGACGGACGGCUGCUCAACCGCCACUUUGGACAUGGAGCAGGAUUCAAUGUCCUGUAUGAUUGAAAUUUUAAACGUACAAUCUUCUUUACUAAAGAGGCUGUCGGACCUGCAGUUGGAUACAAGCUCAUUUCAGCUUCUAGAUAAGACUAAAGUUGCAUCGAUCGAGUACAGUACCCCUAACGACGCCGGAUCUUGGCCUUUAGUCACUUUGGACAACGGAGAGGUUUAUAAGACACGACUCUUGGUCGGCGCGGAUGGAUUCAACUCUCCCGUCAGGAAAUUCUCCAAGAUCCCGUCUCGGGGCUGGUUCUAUGAUAGAUUUGGUGUGGUCGCGACGAUGAAACUGGAAUAUCCUCCAUAUAAGAUUAGAGGCUGGCAGCGAUUCCUGCCUACGGGCCCCAUCGCUCACCUGCCUCUUCCAGAUGAUAACGCUACGUUGGUAUGGAGUACUACUGAGCCUUUGUCCAGGUUGCUUAUCUCCUUGCCCCCGGAGCAGUUCACGGCGCUUGUAAACGCAGCGUUUGUUCUCGAAGAUGCCGAUAUGCAGUUCUAUUAUAAGCAGCUUACCGAUGGGAAGAUGUCUACCGAAGAGCUACUUGCAGAUAUUGAGUUCAGAACCGAGCAGGUUUACGACACACUUCAGGUGCAGGACUUGGUCGAUGAAGUUUAUCCGCCAACGGUGAAGAGCGUCCUUGGAGAGACCAGAGCUCGCUUCCCACUGAAGCUCUCUCAUGCGGACACGUACUGUGCCGAGCGUAUCGCACUCGUGGGUGACGCAGCACAUACAACACAUCCACUGGCGGGUCAGGGUCUGAACAUGGGCCAAGGUGAUGUCGAAGCCCUACUCAACGCUUUGGAGCAUGCCGUGUCUCGCGGCUCUGACAUUGGGUCUUUAUUGGCCCUUCAACCCUUCUGGGCCGACCGCUACCCCAUUAAUAACAUGCUUCUGGGAAUGGUUGACAAGUUGCAUAAAAUCUACGGGACUGACUUCGCACCAGUGGUCGCUCUACGGUCUAUCGGCGUCAAUUUCAUCAAUAGCUUCCCUCCGAUCAAGAAUCUGAUAAAAGGAACUCUGAGUGAAUCAGGUAGGUAA